CCGGGACGGUUGCCAUGGUGCCCAGCAAAUGCAGGCCCGCCGGGGUGGGGAGGCCGGCCCACAGCGUCUCGGCCAACAAUUACGGAGUUCAGCUAGUUCUCCAAAGUACGUCUUCGGCAGAAAGGAACAGAGCUCUGGAGUUGAGGUUGCACAAAGAACAGCCGUAUCUCCACAAUCGGUUCUUGCAGCACGACCUUGAGAAAAACCAUCCUGGAAAACUAGCAGAUGGAAGAUUAAGUCCUUUGUCACGGAGUAAAAAAGCUUGCCUCCCCAUCGCAGCGAAUUUUGUCGAUGUCCCCAGUCUGGAAAUGAAAUACAGCCAGGGUUCUCUGGCAGUCUGUGGAGACGGCUCUUUUCCAAACCCUUUGAAGUACCGAGUUCAACAGGGCUGCCAUAAUGUCAGUGCGAACGGCCCAGAUAGCAAUACUUAUGGGAUCACAGGAUUUCCUUUGGUCUUCCGCUCGGCAGAAGAGAAAAUCCAGCUUUCGGACCGGAUGACCCUUGAGAGGCAGAAGCUGACCGUUUGCCCCCUCAUCGACGGGGAGGAGCACCUUCGCCUCCUGAGCUUCCAGCACAACUUCAUCACUCGAAUCCAGAACGUUUCCAACUUGCAGCGCCUGAUUUUCUUAGACCUGUACGACAACCAGAUCGAGGAAAUCAGCGGCCUUUCGACCCUGAGGUGCCUCCGGGUCCUUUCGCUGGGGAAUAACAGAAUAAGGAGAAUUUCCAACCUGGAUAAUCUUGUCAACCUUGAUGUCCUGGAUCUUCAUGGCAAUCAGAUUUCUGUCCUGGAAAACCUGAGUCACUUAAAAGAUCUCCGAAUGUUGAACCUCGCCCGAAAUUGCUUGACCCACGCCGAAAACCUCAGUGGGCUGGAUUCGUUGCUGGAACUCAACCUGCGCUACAACAAGAUCAGAUCGGUGAAAGAUGCGGAUACCCUGCCCAGCCUGCAGCGCCUCUUCCUCAGCUUCAACAACAUCUCUGGCGUGGAAGACAUCCUGUGCCUGGCGGACUCGGCGUCCAUUUCAGAACUCACCCUAGAUGGCAACCCCAUAGCGCAGGAGGCAUGGUACAAGCCGACCAUUCUCCACCAUAUGAUGCAGCUCCGGCAGCUGGAUAUGAAAAAAAUCACAGAAGAAGAACGGCGCUUGGCCUCCGUUGCCCUAAGGAAAGAGGAAGAGAAAAGGCGUGAAACUCACAGGCAGACUUUGUUAAAGGAGAAGAAGCGCUUAACCAUCUGCAACAUCGCCCAUCACUGGGAAGUGCAGCAGAGCCGUCUCGCCCGGAAGCUUCCGAACCCAGAGCAUCUCCAAGGCGAGGAGCCCUGUCAGAACAACAGGAACGCGGCUUGCGAGUUUCUUGAGGAGGAAGGCAGCUCCCUGGAGACCAUUUUGGGCAAAGCGGUGCCUGGCCUGGAGUCCCACCUGGUUGAGAUAGAUGGCGACACGCUCUGCCUGUACGGCUCCGGAGCUCUGGAGUCCCUGGAUCGGAAUUGGAGCCUUCAGACGGCGGGAAACAUCGUGACCAUCGCUUUCAUUUUCAUCGACUUCGACGAAAUCAUCCCAGCGCUCUCAAAACUCAAGAUCAAGUUCCCCAAUUUCCUGCACUUGAAGUUCAAGGAGACCAACCUAAGCACCUUGCAGCAGUUCAACGCCUUGGCUCACCUGCGGCGGCUCGAGCAGUUGACGGUGGAGACUCAGGGAAACCCCGUGGUCAGCUUCACCUUGUGGAAGUUCUACGUCCUCUUCCGGCUGAGCCAUUUUAACCUGCAGAAGAUCAACGGGUCGGAGGUAACUCAGAACGACAUGAUAAUGGCUGAAAGGCUCUUUGGGAUCUUGGCCUACGUGGCAUCUUCCAACGUGCCCUACUACCGCCUGAUCUCGCUGCUGGGAGACUGCAGGAAGAAGCAGCUCUGCUUCCUCUUGGAGGCCAAAGGAAAGAAAUUUGGGACAGCGAGCGACAACGGCAACAACCGGCGGAAGCCUGAAGGGGAAAACAGCACCCGAUCCGUUCUGACGUACAUUUCGGGGGUUUUACAGGUGGAAAAGCAGGAGGAGCUUAAGGAGAAGAAGACCUUCUGCCAGAGCUACAUCCAGCAGCUGGUGAAGGAGGCCGCCGACGUCCACAUGAAGUACGAGUCCUUGCAGAAGCUCUGGCCGCAGAUGUUCGUGGAGCUGGUCCGGGACGCCGUGAUGGAGAUGCACCACAAGGGCUCCCACCGGAGGCACUGCCUGCAGCGCCUGGCCGAAGAGAAACUCUGACCCUACCCGAGCUCCCUUCCUUCCCCUCUCAGUAUUCCGGGGGUUUCCUUGGUCCCCACAAAGACCCCUCCUCCUCCCUCGGAGGGGUCUCUUAUCGUUGCCAUCCUUCCGAGACUCUUCUGAACGCCUUGCCUUGAAAAAGCCUAAUUUUCCUAGCAAAACACUCUCCUUUCCACUUGAGAUGGCUAUUAUUUUUUUUUUUCCUCCUUUCCUAUGUUCUAAUGUACAUGAGCACUGAGAUAUGCAGAUCACAUUAUUAUUAUUAUUAUUAUUAUUAUUAUUAUUAUUAUUAUUAUUUGCUGAGGCCAAAGGAUCCUCACUUUCUUGUACUCCCCCCUCACCACCACUUGUUGCUGGUUUUAUAACUUCGCAUGUUCAGGCCCUCCUUGGAAAGAAAUGAGAGCCAGGGAUUCCUCGUUGGGUCCUGAACAAUGGCUUCUUCUUCUCCUCCUCCUCCUCCUCCUCCUCCUCCUCCUCCUCCU